GUACUCUCGCCUCUCCCACUUCCUGGACCAAACACACGUGGAUCUCACUGACGCCACUCACAAAACAACAAUAACAUGGCCAGCCAGGGGCUCUCCUACGACGGCUGCAAUUUCUUCCGACAGCGGCUGGUCCUGGCCACUCUGAGCGGGAAGCGGGUGAAGAUUAAAGGCGUCCGGAGCAGAGAGGACAACCCGGGAUUGCGCGAUUUUGAGGCCAGUUUCAUCAGGCUGCUGGACAAAGUGACAAAUGGCUCCAGAAUAGAAAUAAAUCAAACAGGUACUGUGUUGUUCUACCAGCCCGGCCUGUUGUAUGGAGGCUCCGUAGAACACGACUGCAACCCACAGCGUUCCAUCGGAUACUACCUGGAGGCUCUGCUCAUGCUGGCUCCGUUCAUGAAGACGUCCCUGAAGGCCACUCUGAGGGGAGUGACCAACGACCCCACAGACCCAACAGUCGACCUGCUGAAGUCCGCGGCCAUCCCUCUGAUGAAGCAGUUCGGGAUUGAUGGAGAGGGCUUUGAUAUCAAGGUGGUGAAGAGGGGGAUGGCACCUGGUGGGGGAGGAGAGGUGGUCUUCAAAUGUCCAGUCCGGAGGAGCAUCAAACCAGUUCAGCUGACGGAGCCCGGCAAGAUCAAACGGAUCAGAGGAGUAGCAUAUUCUGUGCGAGUUUCUCCUCAGAUGGCCAACAGGAUCGUGGACUCAGCGAGGAGCGUCCUCAACCAGUUCCUCCCAGACAUCUACAUCUACACGGACCACAUGAAGGGAGCAAACUCUGGAAAGUCCCCAGGUUUUGGUUUGACGCUGGUGGCGGAGACACUGAACGGCUGCUUCCUCAGUGCAGAGAUGUCAUCCACACCGCAGGGGCAGGGAGACCCCGUACUGCCGGAGGACCUCGGUAGAAACUGUGCCAAGCUGCUUUUGGAGGAGGUGCAUCGGGGUGGCUGCGUGGAUUCGUCCAAUCAGAGCCUGGCGCUGCUCUUGAUGACCCUUGGCCAACAGGAUGUGUCGAAGGUUCUGCUCGGACCGCUCUCCCCGUACACGAUCGAGUUCCUCAGACACAUUAGAGAUUUCUUCCAGAUCAUGUUCAAGAUCGAGGUCCAGAAGCCUUUAGAAGACGAGAGGAAAGGAGGCGACAAAGUCCUGAUGACCUGUUUAGGAGUUGGUUACAGCAACAUUAACAAAUCCAUUAAAUAGUAUUUUUUAUAUAAA